AUGUUUGUGCUCCUGGUGCAACACAACUGUCGCAUUUUUGGCGCCUGGAAGCGGCCGCAGUGGUACCAAAAGAAUACUACGCAGUCAAACCGACAUAAGCAGUGCGCCGGAUUGUUUCUCCAACGACCCAAAGUCGGGCUGCUUUGCAUGUCCACGCAGACAAAGUCAGGCGCAGGCGCCGCUGCGCCAACCGAACUGAAGCCAACGCAUGGUAUGGCGCCCUUUCCCGGCGGAUACCGACGCCUGGGCCAGAGCGAUCUCAUCGUUACAACGUGCACGCUGGGCACCAUGACCUGGGGAGAGCAGAACACCGAAGAAGAGGCACACGCGCAGCUCGACUACGCAAUCCACGAGGCAGGCAUCAACAUCAUCGAUUGCGCUGAAAACUAUCCCGUUCCGUUGAACCCCGAAACGCAGGGUCGUACCGAGACCUACAUUGGGAACUGGUUUAAGAAGAAUCCAGGCGUGCGGGAGCGGAUCUACGUGGCAACGAAAGUGUGCGGCCCGGGGCGCGAUAUCUCCUGGAUCCGCGGAGGACCGAAACUCGACUACGACUCCAUCAUCGAGGCAUGCAACGGGUCGCUCACUCGGCUGCAAACGGACUACAUCGAUCUUUACCAAAUUCACUGGCCCGCUCGACCGGUGCCGCUUUUCGGGAGCCAUGCAUAUCCAGGCCCGCUGAGUGCAGCGGACCGUAACAACAUCACUCGUUCCCUGGAGGAACAGUUACGUGCCAUGGACGCCCUUAUUCGCCAGGGCAAGGUACGGUAUGUUGGGCUCAGCAACGAGACACCUGUGGGUAUCAUGGAGUUCACCCGUAUCGCUUCCACUCUAGGCCUGCCAAGAGUUGUUUCCAUUCAGAAUUCCUACUCGCUGCUUCAUCGCCAAUUUGAAGGCGCCCAUGCCGAGGCAAGUACGUACUGCGACGUGCCGUUGCUGGCGUACUCGCCUCUGGCGGGCGGUGCACUCAGUGGAAAGUAUCUCCCGUCCAGCGAUCCGAGCCAGCGAGAACGAGCGCGAUUUACCUUGUUCAAACGGUAUAUGCAGCGGUAUCAGACGCCGACCUGUAUGGCUGCCGUGGAACGCUACACGGAGAUCGCCCGCAAAUACAAGAAAACUCCGUCUCAGCUAGCGCUCUCUUUUGUUCGAUCGCGUUGGUUCACUGCAAGCACGAUCAUCGGGGCGACCAGUAUGGAGCAGUUACGGGAAAACCUUGCAGCAUUCGAUCCGAAACAGGAUAGUGGACGCUGGGAUCACAGCAUGGAAGACGACAUCAACAACGUAUACCUCAGUGGCUAUCGCGAUGUUUCGCUGGGGGUGUAG